AUGAGCUCAUCCACGAGCCGCAUCACGGAGCUUGCUUCAACAAUCUCCAAGAACACCGCCAUAGUCGACCAGUACUUUACCGAUAAUGGUAUACCCACUCCUUCCUUCGCUGCCGAUGGCCCACUGCUCGAGCAUCCUUUGCCUCCCGUAAUCAACGCCGCCCGGAUUGAAGUUAUCGACGCUACUAUCGAGCUGCAUGAGUUGUUACAAGGUCCUCGUCGCAUGAUACAGAAUGCCGCAUGCGAUAUUAGGGUCGAUUGUCGUCUACUCUACAACCAAAAGCUCGCCUUCAUAGUUCCACUGGACAAUCCUGAGGGUAUUACCUAUGCCGAACUCUCGAAACGAACCGGCAUCGCUCAGGAUGCUCUCACCCGGAUUUUCAGGUCGCUCAUUCUUCAUCGCAUCUUUGUCGAGCCUAAAGUUGGUCACGUCGCUCAUUCCGCUGCGUCCCGAUUGCUGGCCACAGACGCAAUAAUGCAAGACUGGCUGGGGUUCAUGCUUGAAGAUCGACGUCCCGCAAUCGACCAUCUGGCGACAGCAUUAGAACUAUUCCCAGCAGCAGAUGAGCCAACGGAGACCGGAGCCAGUCUCGCCUUUCGUCAGGACUUUUCACAGCCACUUCAGGGCUUCUACACCUGCCUUGCUCAACAGCCGGAUCGCUCAAGGAGGUUUGCGGUGACUAUGAGUAUGUAUCACAAGCAGGACUUUUUCGAUCCUCGACACAUUGUCGAAGGAUAUCCGUGGGCAGACUUACCGGAUGGUGCCACGGUGGUUGAUCUUGGUGGCUCGCGAGGCGAAGUGGCCAUGACCAUCACGCGUGCUUUCCCGCAGCUCAAGUUCGUCGUCGAAGACCUUCCGGACACGAUCGCCGCAGCUUCUAGCCCGCCGGAUGGUCUCAACGUAUCCUUCUUGGCACACGAUUUCUUUCAGCCGCAGCCCGUAAAAGGUGCUGCGGUGUACAUGUUUCGAUGGAUCCUUCAUAACUGGCCAACCAAAUUCKGUAUCAGGAUUCUGCAAAAUUUGAUCCCUGCCUUCACCAACGGGGCGAGAGUCCUGGUCAUAGAUACUGUCACUCCGCCGUUUGGAUCCCUACCGAAUACGAUUGAACGCGAUAUGAGGUCCUCGGAUCUCUCCAUGUUGGCAAAUUUCAAUGCAAAGGAACGGGAGGCGUGGGWGUGGGAGGAUCUGUUUGGUCGAGUCGACGAGAGGCUCAAGUUCCUUGGUAUUAAAAAGAAAGAUGGCUGUCGAGACUCUUUCAUUGAGGCAGUUUGGGAAGGCUAG